AUGAGAGGUGUUGAAGAAAUAAAUUUAAAAACAUAUGAUCCAAAUGUAUAUUUUACUUCACAACUAGAAACUACACGUAGAGUCUCAAAACAAAAUAGUUCCAAUGUCUCAACAUCUCGUUCCAUUAAAAGGGUAAACUAUUCACUAGCGGAUCUGGAGAAUAAAUUAUAUCAAACAAACGAAACAACACAAGCAUCUACAGGUGAUAACACUUAUAAUAAAAAUAUUAUAACUAGUGAUGAUCCUACGACUGAUUCUUCGUUAUAUAUGGGCAGAUAUAAUCAAAAUGAAGUCAUAAUAUCGAAUUAUAGAUGUAUGCAGCUUGAUCUAGAAAAUACUAAUAAUCAAGGUGACUUACCAUCAUUAUUGAGUUCAAUUACAAACACACCUCGUGAUCAAAUUGAAUCAAUUACAAAUUCAAUCUCAAACAAUACAAACACUUUAAAAAGAAAUAAUAUAACUAUAGAUAUACCAAAAAAUAUUCAAUUAUCUUAUAAAUCAACAAAACCAAUUAAACCAACACAUGCAAAACAAAAACGUAAUUCAAAUAGACAUAUUGCAUUGAAAAAAGUUUUGAAUGCAAAGAGAUCUCUUUAUUCAUAUGUGGAAGGUUUAGAUAUGAUUAAUAAAAAAAUAAUUUUUAUGAAUACCUAUAACAAGAGAUAUUUCAAGUUAUUAUACAAUUUAAAUAUAUGUUCUAUUUGUGGUAAUUAUAAAAAUAUUUCAAGUUGUGUUUCUUGUGGUGAUAAAAUUUGUUCAUUGAAUUGCUUUAAUACACACAACGAAACAAGAUGUAGUAAAAGAUAG